AUGGAUAAAGUAUCCGAAUACAAAAAUACCACCCCAUCGCUCGCCGAGUCCUCGGUAUCUCACAUCGUCAGUUUGUUAGCCGACGAACAAUGCUACAAUGGACAGGUGUUGAUGGACGUUGAUAGCAAGGAUCUCGUAUGUACCUCUGGGUACAAUGAGGCCCAAUCAGAAGAGGUACAGGAUGACGUAAAAGCUGGUGCCACUUGCGUUACCCUGCAAGUUAUCGAUAAUGCAAAGAAGACAUAUCGUGGGCAACAGAAGUCCGCAAAUGCAAAGACAAUAUUUCGAUCUUCAGAAAGAAGAGGUGCAGUCUUCAGCUCAAUACCAACGAAAGAAACUGUGAAUCCAAAUAAAGGUUUACAGGAGGCUAUAGAAGAAAGGUUAAAAGCUUGUUUAAAGAACUCGGCAGCGUCAUUGAGGGAGCGACCACAUACUGCCAGCAAUAAGUUGGCAAGAAAACCAAUCCAGUCGGAUAUCGAUAGUGACAUGCUUCGCUCCGAUCAACUGCCGCCCAGGCCUAAAACUGUUCCAUCGUCGCACGUUGGUCGUGGACAUACGCUGGCCAAGAAAGACAAUCAAAGUCAAGUUGCCACACGAGACACUCUUUUUGCUACCCUAAGAUCUUUAAGAACUGCAAGGUAA